CCAAAAUUAUCCGAACUUUGGGUUUCCGUUUUUAACCUCGGUUUGACCGAUUUCGAUUUUUCUGUCUCCUUUUGUCUCUUCCUUAUCUUCUUCACCCUUAUAAGCCCCUUCUGCUUCUUCUUCCUUCUGUCCGUGUUUGGUCGUGGCUUCUCACUACUGGAAAUCAAACUAAGUCUUCUUUCAUUCUUUUUCUUCUUGUCUUCAGUUCGAGUGUUGCUUCAUGGGGAUGUAGCGUUUUACUUUUUUACCCUUGGAUUGUGAUUUGUGAGAUCUUUUGAGAAUGUUUGACUAGUGCUUACUUUGUAGUAUAUCGGAUUAUGGGACGCGAAAUGGUGAUUGAGUCUUGGUUUGGCAGUUCAUGGUGGAAUCCGAGGAAGAGUGCUUCGGAGAGUACUGACAAGGUGGUUCUGGGAAUCUUGGCAUUUGAAGUUACCCGCUUAAUGUCUAAAGUGGUGAAUUUAUGGCAUGCUUUGGAUGAUAGGGAAAUCUUGAAGUUGAGGGAAGAAAUUGCAGACUCGAUUGGGAUUCAGAGGCUUGUAUCUGAUGAUGAAAAUUACCUUAUGGAUCUUGCACUGAAUGAGGUAAUUGAGAAUUUUGGAAAUCUGGCAAAGUCUGUGGCCAGGCUUGGGAAGAAGUGCACUGACCCUGUAUAUCGCCGUUUUGAACAUUUCAUUAAUGACCCGAUUUUGAAUAAUUUUGAAUGGUUCGGGUGGGAAUAUCGCUGGAAGAAGAUGGAGAGGAAAGUAAAGAAGAUGGAGAGAUUUGUUGCAGUUACGAUGCAGUUGACUCAAGAGUUGGAAGUGCUGGCCGAGCUUGAGCAAACUCUUCGUAGGAUGCAGAGAAAUGCUGAGUCUGAUCGUGUGAAAUUACUUGAGUCUCAGCAGAAGGUAAUGUGGCAGCGCCAGGAAGUAAAAAAUCUACGUGAGAUGUCUCCAUGGAUUAGAACUUAUGAUUACAUUGUCCGGCUUCUGUUGAGAUCACUUUUAACAAUACUUGAGAGGAUAAAAAUUGUCUUUGGGACUAACCAAAUGGCAACUGUAGAUGGGAACAAUGAUUUUGAAUCUAUGAAUAGUGACUGUCUUUCACGCAGCCAUUCCUUUUCCACUCUAAUACCGUCUUCGGUAUAUCCUUCUGAUAAUAAUAUCUGUGGGUUCUCCUCAGGACCUCUAGGCAGAACAUUUUCAAAGUCAGUGCAGAUCACCCACAAGUAUCGAACCAAUAGCAAGCAUCUACAAUGUCAUCAUCAGUCUACUGCUUUACAUGGCAAGCAUCAACAUUUAAAAAUCAAACGGUCAAGUCAUGUUGGAGUUGGACCUUUUAAAGGAUGCUUGUCAGCUGGAAGUGAUUCUCCCAUUUUAGAGAGCUGCAAGCCAAUUGGCACUGGAUCUAUGAGGUUCAGUAGGCCUUACACAAAAACUAUUGACAACAUAAACAAUUCAAAGAUGGAGUCAUCGUCCUGCAGCAAUAAAAUAUAUUCUAAAUUAUCCAUUUUCAAUACCAAGUGCUUGUUGAAUGCUCCUCCAUCGACUCUUGGUGAUGCUGCGUUAGCUCUCCGCUAUGCAAAUGUGAUCAUCUUGAUAGAGAAGCUAGUUUCAUCACCUCACUUGAUUGGUCAUGAUGCAAGAGAUGACUUGUACAAUAUGUUACCUACAACUAUGAGAAAUGCUCUGCGAGUUAAACUGAAGUCAUAUGCAAAGACUUUGGCCUCAUUCAUCUAUGAUGCUUCCCUUGCAGCAGAGUGGAGUCUGGCACUAGUGCGGAUAUUGGAAUGGCUGGCUCCUCUUGCUCACAACAUGAUAAGGUGGCAGUCUGAGCGCAAUUUUGAGGAACAGCAUGUGGUUUCCAGGUCAAAUGUACUUUUGGUGCAGACACUAUACUUUGCAAAUCAAGCAAAAACUGAAGCAGCUAUUACAGAACUUCUUGUGGGCCUUAACUAUGUUUACAGGAUUGAGAGAGCACAUAAUGAAAAAGCUGUACAUGACUCUGCUGGUAGUGGGGGCUGUACCCAAUAUUUGAUCAAAAGGGAUGAUAUAAGAUAACAAUCAACUUCACAAAACAAUCUCAAUGCCUCCAUGAGGCUUCCUUUUUAUUGUCCAUAACAAAGGAGAAAUUCAUCUUGUGGAGGUACUGUAUAUUGAGUGUUAUGUCGAGCUCAUUGUAUCUUGUUUGAAGCAAGCCUCUGUCAAUAUAGUUAUUCCUUUUGCAACAGAUAGAUUCUUUUGUUUGUUUAUAUAGUUGAUGAAUUUGGGUUGCUA